AUGGCGAAUGCCCAGAAAUUCUUCACCGUCGAGACCCUGAGGACUGCAGCCAAGCAGUCCUUCCGCUGCCUCGUCGUCCCCGUCCGUCUCCGCCGCGCUAUCAAGAAAUAUCUCCGCGAGGAAGAUGAUCCCCACAUUAGGAAGAAGGUGCGUCAGUUAUCCGAAUCGUUCCAAGGGAUCAAGGACUCGAACCUGCUCUUACCUGAAACCACGGCCAAGAGCCUAGCCGAUACGAUGAACUCAGUGGAGACGAAGCGAUGGAAGAUACAGACUGUUUACGGAGACAGCGGACUCGAAUACAGAGACGGUGAGACUGCAGCUUACGUUGCUUCUCGCAUGCCCGCCGUCUUCUCCGUCUGCUACAGAGUCCUCACUGAGAUUCGUCGAAGGUUACCGGAUUUUGAGCCUAAAAGAGUGCUGGAUUUUGGUGCAGGCACUGGUUCUGGUUUCUGGGCGGUGAAAGAGGUUUGGCCAAAUUCUGCGGAGAAGAUAAACAUAGUGGAACCAUCGCAAUCGAUGCAGCGUGCAGGACGGAACUUAAUACAAGGCCUCAAGGAUUUGCCUCUGAUCCAUGGGUAUACGAGCCUGAUAGCUCUUAGUAAAGAGAUCAACAAAAGAAAACAAGAGAGGAAACAUGAUCUUGUCAUCGCUUCAUAUGUGCUAGGGGAGAUACCAUCUCUAAAAGACAGGAUUUCGGUGGUUCGCCAGCUCUGGGACCUUACAGAUGAUCUCUUGGUAUUGGUUGAACCAGGAACGCCACACGGUGCUAAUAUUAUAUCUCAGAUGCGGUCCCAUAUACUGUGGAUGGAGAAGAGGAAACUGCGUAAACUGGAAAAGAAAAUGAAGAACGAUGAAACUGUAAAAGACGUGCUCGAUCUCAAACUUGGUGCGCACAUCGUUGCUCCAUGCCCUCAUGAUGGAAAGUGCCCGCUGGAAAACACUGCAAAGUAUUGUCAUUUUGUCCAGCGGUUGCAGAGAACCUCGUCUCAGCGUUCAUACAAGCGUACAAAAGGUGUUCCCUUGCGUGGGUUCGAGGAUGAGAAGUUUUGUUUUGUGGCUUUCAGGAGAGGUCAGCGCCCACGGGAAGCAUGGCCUCUUGACGGAAUGAAGUUGGAAACACUGAAGGAGAGACGUGCAAACAGGAAACCCGAGGAUCUCGAGAUUGAUUAUGAGGAAUUUAUAAAUGCACAGGUCGUUGAAGUGCCUUACAUGGAUCCAAAAGAAUACGACUCUGAUAUGGAUGAGGAUGAGGAACAAGAAGACGGUGAAGGCACUGUUGAUGAUGUGGAUGUGGAUGGGGAUGAGGAACUAGAAGAUGGAGAAGUUACUGAUGAGGAAGAGGAAGAAGAAGAAGAAGAGAAGGUUGAAGACGUAGAAGAGAGUGGGAGAGCGAGUGUGGGAGGUGGAUGGGGAAGAAUCAUAUUCCCUCCAUUCCGCAAGGGGAAACAAGUGACUUUGGAUCUCUGCGUGCCGACAAAAGAGGAUGGAUCAGAGGGAGCUUUCGAAAGAAGAGUGAUAACGAAAAGCAAGAACCCUGAUCUUCAUUUGCAGGCCAAGAAAUCUUUCUGGGGAGACUUAUGGCCAUUGACGACUCAACAAGACAUUAGCAAAGUGAAGCCAGUUGAUGCUGAGUGGUGUCGCCCAGACCAAGACCCGAAGUGGGGUUCUUGGCCUUAG